UGCAGUUGAUGUAAAAUGGCGACUAUCGUGCGUUAGUCUAAACCUGUCCAAAACAUAACGGACAAACUCAAACACGGAGCAAGUUGGAUAGAAAACUAAGGAAACAUCAACCGCUUUGGUAUUGUUGGAUCUUAAUAAGGUACAGCCAUGGCCGAGCAGACUAAGGCCAGCACGGAGGGGAUCGUGGGCCUGGAUGAGCCCAAGAAGAUGACCAGGGAGGAUUGGCGGAAGAAGAAGGAGCUGGAAGAGCAGAGGAAGCUGGGAAACGCUCCUGCUGAGGUGGACGAGGAGGGGAAAGACAUUAACCCUCACAUCCCACAGUACAUUUCAUCAGUGCCAUGGUACAUCGACCCAUCCAAAAGACCCACAUUAAAGCAUCAGAGACCACAGAGUGAGAAAGAGCCACAAUUUUCAGCCAUUGGAGAGUGGUACAAGAGAGGAGUGCAAGAGACUUCAGUUGUCACAAAAUAUCGUAAGGGAGCUUGUGAAAACUGUGGUGCCAUGACACACAAGAAGAAAGACUGCUUGGAGCGACCCAGAAAGGUUGGUGCAAAAUUCACAGGCACCGGCAUAGCUCCAGAUGAACACAAUCAGAUAACGCUUGACUUAGACUAUGAUGGGAAGCGAGAUCGCUGGAACGGGUAUGACCCUGAGGAACAUCAGCGCAUUGUGGAAGAGUACGCCAAAGUAGAUCUGGCCAAGAGGACACUGAAGGCACAGAAGCUUCAGGAUGAGUUGGCCUCUGGAAAACUUGACCAAGCUGAGCGGGAACAUGACAGUGAGGAUGAGGAUGAAGAUAAAUAUGCAGAUGACAUCGACAUGCCUGGUCAGAACUUUGACUCCAAGAGACGAAUCACUGUUAGGAAUCUGCGUAUCAGAGAAGACACGGCCAAAUACUUGAGGAAUUUGGAUCCGAAUUCAGCAUAUUAUGAUCCAAAGACUCGAGCUAUGAGAGAGAAUCCAUAUUCCAACACUGGCAUGAACCCAGACGAGGUGGGCUAUGCUGGAGACAACUUUGCUCGCUACAGUGGGGACACAAUCACCAUGGCUCAAACACAGUUGUUUGCCUGGGAGGCCUACGAGAGGGGCUCUGAGGUGCAUCUGCAGGCCGACCCCACUAAGCUGGAGCUGCUGCACCGGUCCUUCAAGGUCAAGAAGGAGGACUUUAAAGAGAAACAGAGGGACAGCAUUCUACACAAGUAUGGAGGUGAAGAGCACUUGGAUGCACCGCCACGGGAGCUGCUCUUGGCUCAGACAGAAGACUACGUGGAGUACUCUCGUCACGGUGCUGUUCUGAAGGGGCUCGAGAAGGCCGUGGCUCGCUCCAAGUACGAGGAGGAUGUGCUCAUCAACAACCACACUUGUAUUUGGGGCUCUUACUGGAAGGAUGGCCUCUGGGGAUACAAGUGCUGUCACUCCAUGGUCAAACAGAGUUACUGCACAGGAGAGACUGGAAUUGGAAUUAACAACUCAGACUGUGUUCCAUUCGAAGAGGGACUGAAGGAGCCACAGGAGGAAGAAGAGCCCAAGACUCUGCUGGAAAUGCAUCGAGAGAAGAUGAAAGAGAAGAAGAAGAAAAAGAAGAGCAAGAAGAACAAGAAGCACGGCUCUGACAGCGAUUCAGAAGAUGAAGAGAAGAAGAAGGAGAAGCUGAAGAAGGCACUGGAAGCAGAGGACAAGCGGGCCAAGCAUUUCGAGGCAAUAAUGCAGAUAGAUGAGAGGAAGAGGCCGUACAACAGCUUGCAGGAAGUAAAGGCGCCCACUGAGGAGGAGAUGGAGGCCUUCCGCAUGAAACGCUGUCGGCCAGAUGAUCCCAUGGCUUCCUUCCUAGGACAGUGACCUGCUGGCUCCUCGAACUCUCCCUAAGGACUCUUACCAGAGCUGCUGACCGAAAAACUCAACUUUGAUUUUAUAAACAUACAGCAGAAGGCUUCUGUUUGGUUACUAACGUGGAAGAAACUGUGUACAAGGUUUUGUUAAUUUAAUUUUUAACUUUCUUUUUGUUUUAACAUAAAGAUGGCGUCAGUAAUUCUGGAGAAAGAUUGGUGAUAUUUGAUCUAAACACCCAACAGAAACACCCCUCCUGUCAGUGCUCUGUCAUUGCUUCUUCAGAGGCAUCACUCUGGCUCACACUGCCUUUCUCUUGAUACAUCCACGGCCUUUUCAUGUCCUGUGCAGGGGCACCAACACUCAUUUGGCUGGAGUAGUGUGAAUAUCGGUCUGAGCCACCAUGAGCCAGGACUGUGUAUGAACACCAAAACGUUUUUUUUUUGUUUUGUUUUGUUUUGUUUUUUUACAGCAUUCCCUCAGGACUGAAAGCUGGAGAUAUUCACCAAAUUCUAUAAAAAAUGUAAUGUAUUAGAAUAGCUGGCUGCACCUUUAGGCCCUGAUCACUCAGAAAGCGUUGUAGUAGCUGGAGGCACCUUUUUGUAAUUGUUUUUUAAAAGAAUGAAGGUUUUUGCUCGUGUUUUUUGCGUUGCGACACGCCUCACAUGUCUGUGCUCUAGGCGCCUGGCAUUUUUGCUUUUGGUCAUCUUUUUUCCCCAUUGUCCAAUCAGAUGAUUUUAGGGGUGGGCCUUCUGGUAGUCAUGACAACAAGUUAACGGUUGGUUACCAAAGGAGGAGGAACUGGUGGUAGCGGUUGCUAGAUACCCAGAGCUAUAGGGCCUGAGGAUAGACAGCAGGUUGUCAAGCUGCCCCUGAGUCCUCCUAAAAUAUGCCUGAAAACGGCCAUAAUCUUGCCGAAGCUCCU